AUGUUUGGACGACUCUUUGGACGCAAGAAGGAGGCCGAUGACACCCCCGCCUGUACCUCUUCGGGCAUUGUGCACAAGGUGAAUCUGCCGGAUGGUCCGUCACAGAUGUACUACGAUGAGGAGAAGCAACGAUGGCGAGAAAGGGGGAAGGAACACUUGGAGGAGGAAGAGGAGGACUACGGCGAACCUCCGGUGGAUGGAGAGGAAGUCCCCGAGAAGAAGAAGCCCAAAAAGAGCGCGCCAGAUGCGCCUGAUCAUUUGAAUGCUCUGAUGGCCGUUCCGACCUCCUUGCAAAACUCUUAUUAUGAAAACAAGAGGAAGCAGCCUGCUUCAGUCUUUCGAAAGGCUGGAGAUGAGGAUCCAACAUCCCCCAAAUCCGGGACAGCUGAAGGUCCUCCACCUGACGCAACAGGUGAAGAUGUGGUCAUGAAGGACGAGGAAGGUGCGAAGCCAGAGAAGCCACAAGAGAAGCCUGAGAAGCCUGAAGAUCCUGAAGAAAAGAUAGAAGAGAAGAAGGAGCCACCACCUGAUGGCGAUGGACCUCCCUCAGGGCCUCCAGCUGAAGCAGGAGCCGAUGGACCACCGGCUGGACCUCCUGCAGCCGGCCCCUUCGCGGCGGCCGCCAGCCCCUUCGCCGCCGCGACGGCCGCCACCGCGCCGCCGGCCACGAACCCCUUCGCGCCGAAGGCCUUGGGCGGUGCUGCCACGAAGGUGGUGAAUCCCUUCGCGCCUCGUGCCAUGACAGGUGCACCGAACCCCAAUGUACCGAAAGGCUUCAGGGAGAGCGCCAAGAAACAAGAGAAGAAAAAGGCCGAGAAGAAGUCCAAAGCCUGUCCGUACAAGACACCCUAUGGUGGACAACAGCCACAGGCCAACUUGGAUGAUUUGGAUGCAGAGGGCGGUGGUGAAGCGGGUGAGAUUUGCUUUGUACAGGCGCCCCGGCCGGAGACACCGCCGCCACCCACGCCGAUCAUGGCCUCCGAGGCUCCCGGUGUCAUUUGGAGCUCGAUGCACAUCUCGGCGCAAGCCAAGGCGAGUCCGCUGGAGAUCGGGACGCUCGCUCCCGAGCUGGGCGAGACAGGCGAGGAGGAGCACGCUGCCCCACCGGCAGUGCCACCCUCUCCGCUACGCACCGGCAUGCCGGCGUACUCGCCCUUCCAGCAGCCGUAUGGGGGCCCGGAAGGGACCUCUUCUCUUCCACACGUCCGUGUCUUGCGGAAGAGCACAGAGCUACUCCAGGCGGAGAUGCAGAAGGAGGAAUUGCCCGAGGCGGCGUCAGAGAAGCCGCCAGAAGUCCAAAUCAAGACUCCGGAGAAGAAAGACCCGGAGGCGUCUUGCACGGAGUAUCAAGAAGUUGCAGUUGUCCUGGAGGCAGCGUCAGAGAAGCCGCCAGAAGUCCAAAUGGAGACUGCACAAAAAGACCCGGAGGCAGCGUCAGAGAAAACGCCGGAAGUCCAAAUGGAGACCGCAGAGAAGAAAGACCCGGAGGCAGCAUCAGAGAAGCCCCCGGAAGUCCACAUGGAGACUGCGGAGAAAGACCCGGAGGCGUCAGAGAAGCCGCCAGAGGUCAAAAUGGAGACUGAGGAGAAACCACCGGAGGUCUCCCCGCGGCCCAGUGAUGAUGGCUGGAACGAUGACUUUGGGUUCUUCUCGGGUGAUGAGGAGGUGAACGUCAAAGCGGAGGAGAAGGAUACCAACUCCGCAUCGGCACCAGUGAGUAUGCCGGCUACGGAUCCUUUCUCAGCACCACCAGUGACUGUGAAGCCAUCAGAUGACGCAAAUCCAUUUGCAUCUGAGGCACCAGCACCAGUGAGUACGCCGGCUACGGAUCCUUUCUCAGCACCACCAGUGGCUGUGAAGCCAUCAGAUGACGCAAAUCGAGCAUCAAAGGCACCAGCACCAGUGAGUAUGCCGGCUACGGAUCCUUUCUCAGCACCACCAGUUGCUUGGAUCUAG